GAACACUCCUUCCCCCACUCCUGCUCGACAUGCUUCGCGCUUCUGUACUUGCGUCUGCGCUUUACGCGGGCUCUGCCAUGGGCCAGACCUACUGGUUCAGCUUCGGCGACUCCUACUCCCAAACCUGGUUCGACCCCACCGGCGAACUCCCCUCCACCUCCAACCCCAUCGGCAACCCCGAGUACCCCGGCUGGACCGCGACGGGCGGCGAGAACUGGGUCACGUACCUCACGACAAAGUACAACACCUCCCUCGUCUUCACGUACAACUACGCGUACGGGGGCGCGACGACGGACGCGGAGCUGGUGACGCCGUACGAGGACACUGUGCUGAGCUUUGUGGACCAGGUGGGCGAGUUUGAGGAGGGGGCGGGGGCGAAGCCGGCAGAGACGCCGUGGACGAGCGAGGGCUCGUUGUUCUCGGUGUGGAUUGGGGUGAAUGAUAUCGGGAACAGCUUUUGGUUGGAUGGGGAUAGGGGAGAGUUCUCCGACACCUUGCUGGCCAGGGAUUUCGAGAUGGUCGAGAAACUCGUAAGUGUUCACUCUUUCAUUUGCGACGCGGGGGGGCGCAACUUCCUCUUCCUCAAUGUCCCAGCCAUCGAGCGCUCGCCUUUGAUGCUCGCACAACCCGAAGCAUCCCGCGACCAGGAAGCCUCCGUCAUCGCCGUCCACAACACCAAGCUCGCCGACAAAGUCACCGACUUCGCCGCCUCGCACGAUGGGGUGACAACCUGGGUGUGGGACGCGUACGCCGUGUUCACGGAGGUGCUUGAUGAUCUGGAGGGCUUUGGAUUCAACGGGAACGCGUCGGGGUACGGGGAUGGGUAUUUCUGGGGCAAUGAUUAUCAUCCGGGAGAGGGCGCGAAUAAGAUCUUCGCGGAGAGGAUUGCGGACUUGCUCGACGGGGCCAUACUUUGAUCAAUGGUCCUAUGGGUGUCUUACAAAGGUGUAUAUGUGGGUAAUCGAGAAGGUGAUUGGGUUAGGGAAGUCAGUGGACAAGAUGUCCUUCUAGGCUUGUUUGCGAUCGACGGGGUGGCUUGGCUUCAUUGCUGCGCAUUCCUUCUGUCCUCUUUAAUAUCUCCUCAUCGUUGGCA